AUGGCUAUGCUGUCCUACCACCAUCUUUGCCUUGCUCUCGCACCACUGACUGGGAGGCCCAACUACGUGGAGACUGCCGCAAGCAGUUUCAUGCUCGACUCAAGCAUCAAAAGCUCAAUGAUCCUUACACCAGCCCUGCACCUCUGCUCGCCCUAUUCCUACCCGUUCUCGCAAGUUCGGUGCAACAACACCUACUCUGGCUAUCCCAUCCACACUGCGCCUUCCUCCAACUAUAACCCUAACGAUCCCUCAGCGAUCGAAGAGCAACUCGCUCUCCAGAUGCAGAUGGACCCAAUCUCCAAGCAUGCACCAUAUACGAAACUCUUUCCAAGGGCAUCAGUGCUCAUCGAUGAGCAUCCCGCGCCAAGGGCACAGCGCUUGUUGAGAGGCUCCUCAACUCGACUUCUUCCGGCGAUGGUUCCAACGGCAACUCAGAAUCCGAAGAUGACUUCUAUCUAUUCCAUAUCUCAGCCAGUCACAAAGCCAGUUGCAGCGGAAUAA